GAAUUUGCACAUCCGGGUCAGGUCCCACCACUCCUGUGCCCGCCUUGGUUUCCCCUCUCAGAUUUGGAUUUCCUUUUUUGCUGAAUUUAAUCCUGAGAGUAGUGUCGCUCUGACUGAUCCUUGAUGUGCCCUUCUGGCCCUCCUAUAGAGGGCUGCACCAGGAUCCUGUCCCUUGCCCUGAUGCCCCAGAUCCUCAAUACCCUCUGGAUGCCUAUGAUUCAUGGGGCCUGACUGGCUCUGGGGUCUAGGAGGUUGGGAUGGCUUCUGAGUCAGGGUGCCUCCACCCAGCCUAUCAGUUAUCUCAGCACUGAAUACAGGACCCCCAGGAACCGGGGUUGGGAUCGAAACCUUGCAGUUUUUUGGAGACAGAUAGCUAAUGCUAUCUCUGGGGUCCAGCCUGCCAGGCCUGGAUCCUCCAUUUUGUGGUUCAGGAAGCUGAUGAGGCUGAAUGUGGGGGAGGGGGUUGUCCUCAGUGUUCUGUGCAGAAAGGCACGAGGAGGGUAUGUGUGGGAGGGAGGGGGUCCUAGAAGAGGCGGGGCGUUGUUUCAUUCCUGUUAGCCAUGGUCUCCGUGCUGUAAGCCAGCACCUUCUUUUGACUGUUUGGGGAGGACUCAGAAGCAGGGAGCUGGCACACAGGACAGACGGUGCUACCCAGUCAGGUUCAGAAGGUUCCAGCAUCCAAUGCCACCAAAGAUGGGGUCAGAUGCCCUUACACACCCAUCCUACUCCAGCCUCGAUGCAAUGACCCCAGUCACCAGGCUUGUUGUCUCCCCAGGUCCUCUAGUGGCUCUACCUCACCUCCUUCCAGACCCUCCCCUCUCCCCAGGCAGUUCCAGGCAAUGGUACUCACAGGGGAAAGGCCGGUCCUGCCACAUCCUAAUGCUAUCUCUGGGGUCCAGCCUGGCAGGCCCGGACACCUCCACUCUGUGGUCCAGGAGGCUAAUGAGGCUCCUGGUAACCAGCCAAGCAGUCAGGCACUUUCAUCUAGGGGGUGAAGGACAGCGGCCUCCAAGCAGCCAGCUCAGCUUUUCUUGAGGCGUGGUGUGGAGAAAAGGCACCUUUACCUUGGAUCGCUGUGACUAGGUCCACCAUGAUCUACACAAGGCCCGGCUGUGUUGGGGAGUAAGCCCUUCCGGAUAGCUAAGGGCUCACGAGCCAGCAAGCAGAGACCCGAAGCCCUGGGAGGGCAAAGGACAGCAGCAGGAUUCCUCAAGGUAGACAACAGAGGGGACUGACAGGCAAGUGUUCAUAUCCCAGAGUACGCCAGCCAAGGGGAAUCUGGCGACAGCUUGAUUUGAGGCUGAUUAAUAAAAAAAGAAAAAGGCUGGGGAGACCAGGCCGCUGGGGCUUGGAGUGUGAAUUGGGAAGGAGAGAGAUGGGAUAGAAUGGAGGCUUGGCUGGGGCAUUAGAGAAAAGGGCCUUUCGAACUGAAGGUGGGCAGGGACAAACCGAAGUCUGUGUGACAGGUGACAUGCUGAGAAGUGACCUUAUGUCACCACACAGACCUUAGGUCACAGUGGCCCUGAGAUGGGCUGAGUGGAUUUUAUUGUUGUUUCCUUUGUUGACUGGGGUCUCGAGUAGUCCAGGGUAGCCGUGAGCUUUCUCUAUGGAACCGAGGAAAACCCUCAAUUUCCGACCCCCCCCCUCCACUUCAUGAGAGCUUGGUAUCACACCUGGUUUAUAGGUCUCUGGUAACCAAGACUUGGUGGAGCCUUGGGCGAGCACCCCAGCCGCUGCGUCAUGUUUUCAGCUCUUGGUUUUUGUCAUUGAUGACAGAGGUCCUGUUAUGUUAGCCCAGGCUGGCACAAACCCCACGGUCCUCCUGACUCUGCUUCCCAAACGCUGCCAGGAAAGGCCAGAGCUAUUUGAUUUCCUCUGUGGUUCCAGGGAUUAAAGCAAGGGGCCCCAGGCGUGCUAGGCAGGUGCUCUAACACGGGGCUACACCCUUAGCCACCCUCUUUGUACUGAAGAAACUUUUAUUUAUUUUUUUUAAUAUUUAUUUAUUACGUAUACAUCAUACAGCUCUCUGUCUGCGUGUACGCCUGCAGGCCGCAGGGCAUCGGAUCUCAGUACGGAUGGUUGUGAGCCACCACGUGGUUGCUGGGAACUGAACUCAGGGCCUGAAGAAACGUUUAAAACUUAGGUUUAUCGGGCUGGGGAUUUAGCUCAGUGGUAGAGCGCUUACCUAGGAAGCACAAGGCCCUGGGUUCGGUCCCCAGCUCUGAAAAAAAAGAACCAAAAAAAAAAAAAAACAAAAAAAAACAAAAAAAAAACAACUUAGGUUUAUCGUUCGCGUGUACGCGCAUGUGUGCUUUGGUGGAGUGUGGGAAGUCAGAGGACCGUGUUUGGGGGGGUCGUCCCUCCUUCCACCUUGUGAGUCUCACGGGUUCAAACUCAGGUCUUCAGACUUGAGGGCAAACACCUUUACACACUGCUCACCAGUUCUUCUUGCUUUGUAUUUUAGGACGGGGUCUCCCCAAGUUGCCCAUACUGCCUUAGUCUUGGGAUGCCCCUGCCUCAGCCUCCCGGGUACCUGUGCCUCAGAUGGAGUCUCCUUUUCUUCCCCUGUCUUUUGUGUAUGUGUGUGGUGCAUUCGAGCAUGCCUGUGACCCUGUCCAGGUAUGGGAUGGCCAGGGCCAGACAUUGGGUGUCUGCCUCUGACAUUCUCUGGUUUUCUGCCCUGACACAGAGCCAGCCACCGAUCUGGAAGCUUGCCACUUCAGCUAUGCCGGCUGGCCAUUGGCUCUUGGGAUCUGCCCAUGUCUACCCUCCAGUACUGGAACUGUGGGUGCAGACAGCCGUCAUCCGCUUUUUACCUGGGUGCUGGGGAUUCUAGUUCAGGUUCUGGUGCUUACCCAGCAAGGACUCUUACCCCAGGGCACCCUUUCUUUAGCUCCCCUUCCCCACUUCUCUCCCCUCCCCUCCUCUUCUCUUUCCUCUCCUCUCACACGUCCUGGGCUAAAACCUUCAACUGGCUGUGUACUGUGUAGCCAAGGAUGACCUUGAGUUUCAGAUCCUCCUACUUCCCGUGGGACAGGCAAGAAGGACAUCCCCAUCCCACACCUGGUUUACACAGCCAAGGGCUUUGUUUGCACACACUCAGCAAGCACUACCAACAGAGCCACACCCACGGCCCUGAAGCAGGGGCUCCAACCUCCGACUCCAGCAUCCACAGGCUGAAGGCUGGUGAUUUAGAAUUCCUUAAGGGGAAGAUGUGGAUUCUCAGAGCAGACACCUGGUCAGGGGAGUGACUAUUCCCCACCCCCUGGAAGCCGUGUGGGAGUGGGAGACCACUCUAUAGCUGCCCCUUAGCCCUCUCACACCAUGUGUGGCUGAGGCCUCAGACACUGUUCUUACCUACUGUGACCAAAAGCAACUUGGAAAGGAAAGGGUUUAUUUUAUCCUAUGUUCCCAUCACAGAAGAAACUGGUGCAGACGCCCAAGCAAGGCAGGAACCUGGAGGCAGGGACGGAAACGGAGGUCAUGGAAGGGUGCCGCUUACUGGCUUGUUCCCGGUGGCCUGCCGUCUUAUAGCAUCCAGGACCAUCAGCCCAGGGGUGGUGCCACCCACGGUGAGCUGGGCCUUCCCACAGCAAUCAUCAAUCAAGAAAAUACCCCACAGCCUUACCGAAAGCCAAUCCGGUGAGGCAUUUUCUCAAUUGAGAUUUCCUCUUGCAAAAUGACUCUAGCUUGGGUCAAGUUGACAUAAAACAAGCCAGGACAGACACCAAAUAAAUUUCCCAGGUCAGGAUCUCUGAGGGAGAGGCUUGGGGACCCUGAAGGCCUGGCAACAAGCUGACUCCUCAGGCCCCUGUGUAGGAGGAGGGACUCUGGCUAGAACUGGCAGGAGACAAGAGUGGAACAGCCUGACUUGGCUUGCUUCUGCUCAACCCCAGUACCUGGAGCAGAGGGAACAAGGGCAGGGGUUUUCUUCCCCUAAUGUGCCUGGUGUUGUGUGUGGCAGACAGGUGUCAGCCCCAGGCUGCUUCUAGCAUCAGGGCCCAGCCACGUCCUUGGCCUGUGCACUCAGAGGGCCUGAGGAAGGGACACAUUGUAGCUUUGUGUGAUCUGCCCUGGCCCAGCACAGAGACAGUUGCCGUUGGUCCAAGUCUAUUUCCUCUGUCCUUACAGUUGAGGAUUCCAAGGCUCAGGAAUAGUGUGGAACCUUUUCAAGUCCCCCAGUUUCUGAGUGGCAGAAGCAGGAUUGGAACCCAGACUCUUCAUGCAGUCAGACCAUCCUGUCUGACUGCCAUGAACUGACACAGACAGCAGACAGCAUGGUGGGGGACCUGUUGUAGGGAAACCGACAGCAUGGCAGGUGUUCUGAGACAGUUCAGUAGGCGCACCAGGCAGAGUGGGGGUCCCUUCUGAUAGGUCUCCGACAAAAGCCGGGGCAGGGCAGGGCGGGGCGGGGCCGGGCAGUCCAUAUAGUCAGGCUGUCUCUGGUUCCUGGGUGGCAAAAAGGGUAGGAAUUCUGGGGUAGGAUUGGGAAGGAUGUGAGAAGUGAAGACAAACCCCUAGGCUCUUCAGUUGGGUUUGUCUCUCCCUGUAGCAGCGGGAAUCUGGGAACCAACUUGUGUGGAUAGAAGGAAAGGAAGCCUGGAGGUGCCCGCCCUCUCAGCACUCAGAAGGCAGAGGCUGGAGGAUCUCUGAGUUUGAGGACAGCUUGGUCUACAGAGUGAGUUCCAGGACAGCCAGGGCUACACAGAGAAACCUUGUAUUGAGAGAGAGAGAGAGAGAGAGAGAGAGAGAGAGAGAGAGAGAGAGAGAGAGAAACAGAGAGACAGAGAGGGUAGAGGGAGGGGGCAAGAGACAAAGACAGAGAGAUAGAGAGACAGAGAGAGAGGAGGGGGAGGGAGAGGGAAGGAGGAAGAGAGAGAGAGAAAGAGAGAGAGAGAGAGAGAGAGAGAGAGAGAGAGAGAGAGAGAGAGAGACCCACAGUCUAACAGUAGGCAGAACUCAGGGAACCCUGCUGAAGAGGGGGAGGAGGAAUUAUAGGAGCCAGAGAAAGGAUACAAAAAGGAUACAAAAGGUACAAGAAAACCCAGUUAAUCACAAACCUGGGUUCCUAGAGGCUCAAUGAGACUGAACCAACAAUCAAGAAGCCUGCAAUAAACUCUGCAUAUAGUGUUAGAGUAGUAGCUUGGUGUUUUUGUGAACCCCUACCAGAGGCAGCAGGGGUUGUCUCUGAUGCUUUUGCCUGCCUUGGGGACCCUUGUCCUCUUAUAGGGUUGCGUCAUCCAGCCUUCAUCUGAAGGGGAGGUGCCUAGUCUUUUUUUUUUUUUUUCUUUUUCUUUUUUUCGGAGCUGGGGACUGAACCCAGGGCCUUGCGUUUGCUAGGCAAGCGCUCUACCACUGAGCUAAAUCCCCAACCCCGAGGUGCCUAGUCUUAUUCCAACUCGAUACACCAUGUUUGGUUGAUAUCCCUGGGAGGCCUGCCCUUUUCUGAAGAGAAACAGAGGAGUGGAUGGGAGACGGGAGGAGGUAGAGAGGGGAGGGGCUGGGAGGAGCAGGGGGAGGUAAAACUGCAGUCGCUUUGAUAUAAUGUAUGACAGAAUAAAUAAAUUAUUAUUAUUUUUUUUUAUGGAGAGAGUUUGCAGGCAGGCAUAACUUGAGAGGGUAUGAUCCAGAGUUCAGAUUUCCAGUUCUGGAGCCUGUUACAUGGUCACAGGCCGGCUCUAGUCAGGAUGUCUGACAGGUCCCCAUCAGCCCCACAGGUGGGGUAUGACCCGAUUAGUCCCUAACACACCUAAGUCAUUACCCUGAAGUUCCCGUCAACCCCUGCAUGAUUUCCGUAAGGGGUUUUACAGACAAUAGAAACAGAAAAAACAAACAAACAAACAAACCCUUUUGAGUUUUCUUUCCUUAAACAGAAGUAUCUUUAUUUUCAGGAUUCACCCAUAUGGAGUUGAACACCACCCUCUACUCAGGGCUGGCAGCCACCCAGGAGAGGUGGCUCCGCCUGGCCUUCGCGGGGUUCUGUGGCCUCAUCCUGCUCGUGGGGCUGCUAGCCAAUGGGCUCCUCCUGAUGGUGGUGGCAGGUGGGCCUCGAGCGUCUCACCCGCUCUUGGCCCUGACCACUAGCCUUAUGGUGAACGUGAUACUCUCCGACCUGCUUUUUAUAUCCUUCGUGGUCCCCGCCCUGUUGCUAAGUUUCUUGCGGCAGAGCUGGUGGCUGGGCCCUGCUGUCUGUACCACCAGCCAGGCCACCAACACGACUACCAUGUUCUGUACUUUCUACAGCAUGGCCACCUCCGCCCUUGUGCGUCACGUGGCCGUGGUCUGGCCGCGUGUGGAUCUCCCAGCCGGCCCAGGAGCCCGCCUGUUGCUCUGUGGGGCUAUGUGGGUACUAGGCCUGGUCACUUCGAUGCCCAACUGGCUGUUCCAGCGGGUGACAGUAUUAGAGCAGGCAGCGGGUGUCCCUGAGACCCUGGCCUGCCUCCUAUUGCUUAACCCACCUCAAACAACCUGCUAUUUUACACUGUUGGGAGCCCUGGCUUUUCUGCCCUGCCUGCUGGGGCUGGGCUGUUCUUUUGGUCACGUGAUCUGGCGCCUGUGCACACGGCCCUUGGGUCCCCCGGGGGAGAGUGUGCCGGAGCACAGGGCGAACACACAGCUCGCUCUUGUCAUGCUGGUGGUCUUCGUGCUGAUGUGGGGACCCUGCUCUGCACUGGGCUAUGUAUCUGCUGUGGGCCGCCUACCAGCCACGCCUCUGGCUUUUGUGGCCUCCAGCCUGUGCACCCUGCUGGCCUACUCCAACUGUGCUAUCAGCCCUAUCCUCUGCUUCUGCCUCUGCCGCCCUUACCGGGUAGGACUCAGGGCCAUUUUUCAUAGGCCCAGAACAGCCAUACUUCCUGAGGUAGUGGGGGGUAUCUGGCCAUGACAGGGACCCUAUGCCCUGGGUAGUGGCAGGGGUCUGACAGGAGGUGGGCUUCAGGCUGAGAAGAGGAGCCUUGGUCGUCUGCAACCUGCCUCUCCACUUUCUCAUGGUGACACAGAGGGUCACAGAGAUUGCUUUCUGGCACCAGGGAGCAGCAGCUGGGAAUGGCGCGGUGGAACUGUGAAGCUCAGACAACCGUGGGCUCCCAACCUUGUGGUCUUGGGCCCCCUCACCUCUCUGUGCUUCAUAUGAAAACUAGGAUGAGGUUCUCUUCUGCACAGGGUGGUCUCCCAUUGAACAUGAGCAAGGGGGGCGCCGAGGAUUCAGUGAGCAUGUGAGUGACAGGUGUUACCAUGACGCAGUCGCCAUCUUAUGUUUACUAAUCUGGGUGUGUGAAACGAAUUGACAUAAGGGACCCUGGGGUCCUUAGAGUCCAGGAGAAACCUUCAACUGUCUUGCCCUUCCCUGUCUUCCAGACAGGAACAAAAAUAAAGUUCACCUUGGA